GCUGCAGUCCCCUUUCCUCUGCUGCUCCAAGGCCGCUCCUGGGCACAGCUGCGCUUCCCGAUGCCCGAGGGCGUGAUCUAUGCUGACCUGCGGUUUGCAAGAAGCCCUCCGGAAAAGGGCCAUCAGGAAGAGCCCGGCGAGGGGGAGCUCACCUAUGAGAAUGUCCAGGGAGCCCAGGCACAGGAGGAGAAGGGGGUGUGCGGCUCCCUGAAGAAUGCUCAAGUCCUGCCUCUCUGGGCAACUGCACGGCACUGCUGGAGCCCAGUGGCAAACCGCCAAACACUGGGAGCCCUGGCUGUUUUCCUCUUCCUCCUGGCCACCAACAUAGGAGUUGGCAUCCGGUACUUGCAGGCCUCGCAGCAGCUCCAACAAGCAUCCCGAGACCACACGGCCAAGCACCAUGUCCUGGGUGAAGAACUCUACGCCCUGCAGGUCGGCCGGGAGGAGAGUCAGCAGCUGCUUCACCGGGCCCAGGGGGAGCUCAACUCCACCGUGGCAGCCCUGGGGGAGAGUGCAGCAGCCCUGGGGGAGUGCUGGGUGGCUGCGAACCGGACCCAUCAGCAGCUGCGGCGGCAGGAGCAAUCACUGAGCCAAGCCAACCUCAGCCUGGCUGUCCUGCAGGUGGAGCGGAGGAGCCUGGAGGCCAAUCUCAGCCAGGCUACCUCCUGCCGGCAGAUCGGUCCUCCCGCGACCCUCUCCUCUAGGGUGCUGCCCCCCCGGAUGGACGCUCUUCCGCUGGAAGUGCCUGUGGGUGUCGACCCAAAGGAAGUCGUGGCAGGGGAGCGCCGAGCAUUGCAAGUGGUUGUCCUCGCAGCUGCUCGUCCUGAAGCCCUGGUCGGCGGAAGAGCUGUGCGAGGCCGUGGGCGAAGCGUGCGCCAAGGUGAGGGGAGUCGCGUGCAAAGCGGCCCUCGUGGGAGCGCGCCCAGCCUGCACGACCGGGAGUUGGAGCGGCUCUCGGGGGGCGCCCGCCCGUCCCCUUCUCUUUCUCCCGGAGGCGCCCGCGGGAGAGGCAGGAAAGCGGCCGACCCCCCGCUGGCUCUGUGCAGGCUCUGCCUCCUCUCCGUCUGGAGGUUCAGCGCUCCAGCCUCAAGCCCCGAAGGGAGGGGGGCGUGUCCCUGCCAUGAAAUUCAGCUCCAUUAA